CGCAAUCUGGAUAUUGAAAGACCAACAUACAACAACCUGAAUCGUUUGAUCAAUCAGGUUGUGAGCUCUCUAACUGCAUCAUUACGAUUUGACGGUGCUCUUAAUGUCGAUAUUACAGAGUUUCAAACAAACUUGGUGCCAUAUCCUCGUAUCCAUUUUCCAGCGAUCUCCUAUGCACCAAUACUCUCAGCUGACAAAGCAUUCCAUGAGCAGUUGACGGUUAAUGAAAUCACCAGUGCCUGUUUCGAACCUGACAAUUUCAUGAUUAAGUGUGAUCCUCGUCGUGGCAAAUACAUGGCCUGUACUCUGAUGUACCGUGGUGAUGUGAUCCCAAAAGAUGUCAAUGUUGCAGUGGGUAAGAUAAAGACGAAACGAACUAUACAAUUCGUGGACUGGUGUCCAACAGGUUUCAAGUGUGGUAUCAACUCGCAACCUCCAAGUGUGAUUCCAGGAGGAGAUUUAGCUGAAGUUGUGCGUGCAGUUUGCAACAUCAGCAACACCACCGCCAUAGCCGAGGCGUGGGCUCGUUUGAAUCACAAAUUUGAUUUGAUGUUUGCCAAACGAGCCUUCGUGCACUGGUAUGUGGGUGAGGGUAUGGAGGAAGCUGAAUUCUUUGAAGCUCGUGAAGAUCUCGCGGCAUUAGAGCAGGAUUACGAAGAAGUUGGUCAGGACACUGUUGACGCUGGAGACACUGAAAGUGACGAAUUCUAG